UAUUAGAAAAAAAUCGACAAAGCGCUCUGCAGGUGCAUUUAAGAGGUUCUUUUUUUUUUAAUGAUUAGUGUUUAUGUAUAAAGACAAUUUAAGUUCCUAAUUUAAUGAAUACUUUUUUGAGCCUUUAAUGACGGGCGAAAAAAAGUCUGAUGGAGGUGAUGCAGGUGGAAAUGCUCGGACGGAUGUGGAAAAACCAUCCCAAGUUAAUAAACCAGUCGAAGAUGAAGAAGAAGACGAUAGUUUAAGACUUAAAACAACAGAAGAUCGUCGAGCGGAAGGCCUAUGCUGUCCGAGAGUUAAUCGCCAACUAUUAACGUCCAAAGCAUUUUAUUUUUGCUUUUUCUCUGCAUGGGGUUCUUUACUUCCUUAUUUAGCAUUGUACUUUAAACAGCUUAUGCUGACUCCCAGUCAAGUAGGAAUUAUCAUGGGACUUAAACCUUUUGUGAACUUUCUUGCAACUCCUGUUUGGGGUGCUCUUACAGAUAAGUUCCACAUUCAUAAGAUUGUGUUAAUUGUAUCAAUGACUGCACUUAUAACGUCAACCUUUUCACUUAGUCUCGUUCCAGGUCCAAAGCAACAAGCAACUAUUAUAAAAAAUCAUUGUAAUAGAACGGAGGAUAUGUCAGAAAUGAUGGCCCUAGAUGGCGAACAAGAAAUUGGAAAAAUGGUUGUUCUCGAAAAAGAAACAAGCGAUUUUUAUUUUUCUAAAGAAAGAUGGCCGUGGCCAGUUGAUUUCAUAGCAUCUUUUGAGCAAGAUUUUUAUAACAGAUAUAAAAUCGAUGCUUCAAAAACAUUUACAAGUUUAUUUUUAAUCACACUUUUUGGUACCGUAAUAGCAUCACCUUCUUUAGCAUUAGUGGAUACAGCUACAUUGCAAAUGCUGGGUAAAGAAACGCAUAGAUAUGGAAAACAAAGAUUGACAGGAUCGUUAGGUUGGGGUUUAGGAGCGUUUAUUGUUGGAGCUUCAUUAAAAACAACGCAUCACUGUUCAAUUUCGAAAAGCCGUGAGAUAGUUGACUACAUUCCGUGUUUUUAUGUGUUUGCAGUCUUAAUGACACUGGGACUUGUAGUCGCGUUUAAAUUUAAGUUUAGUUCGAGUCAAAAAGCGGGCCAAACAAGAAGUUUGUCUGUUGGUCUAGUUGCCCUUAAAGACCCUACUUAUCUUAUGUUUUUGUUCACCGCCCUAUAUCUUGGAUUUUUAAUGGCUUUCAUUAAAACAUUUUUGUUUUGGCAUUUAAAAGAUCUUGGUGGUACUCAGCUACUUUUCUCCGUGAUUUCAGCUGUAAACUGCGUAGCUGAAGUCAGUAUGUAUUUCUUAUCAGAAAAGUUAAUUUCAAAAAUUGGUCAAAUUCGGGUGUUGUAUUUAGGUUUGAUAUGCUACUCCAUUAGAUUGUUUUAUUAUUCUAUUUUGCCGUAUACCUGGCUGGUACUUGUUGUAGAAUUACUUCCUGGAAUAACAACGGCAGCUGUAUGGGCUGCAUGUUUGUCCUAUGUUAGUAUCAACUCGCGACCUGGUGCUCAAACCACAAUGCAGUGCAUUUUACACGGAGUCCAUUGGGGUCUAGGUUACGGAGCAGGUGAAGUAAUUGGUGGAAUCUUGGUACAUCAUUAUGGCGCACCUACAACAUUUGUAAUGUUUGGAAUUUUGUGCAUAGUUGUGUUGCUGCUGUAUAUAUUAAUUAAUAUGAUUUGGGGAGAAAAAGACCGCAAAAGAAGACAAGACGACGAAACACAAACAGAAGGAUUUACUAUGUUUACAAAUGACGACGAUGCAACUGAAGAGUUAGACGAAAGCAUCAACGGAGUUAGUGACGAAGGUUUGAAAACAAAGACAGAAAAUGAUCAUCAAGUGAACAAACCGGGAGCUACUCAAUUUAAAGGAGAAAAAAAGGAAAGUUCUUCUUUAGAAAAAAAUGUUCCCACAAAUUCGCCCACAUAUACAAAUGUGUCGAGUUCAACAAAGUCUGAGGAACCAAACAAUCAGUUUGACUUUUCCCUAGUUACGACAGAUCAAAAUCAUCAACUUCAAAAUAGCUCACCGAUGACGGUAAAGUCUAAUAUGAAACAAGAUAGCUCAAAGCAAAACAGCCCGAUGUAUUUAACGCCAAUAACAUCCCCUUCAAUGCCAGUAAAAACGAACCACAAUGAACAUGAGAAAGCACAAUUAAUUUCAAACGACAAAGUAGAAACUAAAAUAGAUACUAUUGAAACUAAAGAAGCAAUAAAAAAGAAAAUUGAUAAUUAGCCGAUCUAGAUACAAAACAUUUUUACUUCUUCAAAUUAUAUAUUUUUAUUAAUCCCAACUUAUAUUCUUAGAUAUUUUUAACUCUAUAUAUGUAUUUUUUUAAUACUUCGUAUUGUGAUAUAGUUUGUUUUAUAGCUGAUUAGAUAUUUUCAAGUGACAACGUACAAAUAAUAGACCGCAUCGGUUUUUUGAACAUUUUUAAGUUUAAUUUUGGUACUUUCAACUUUUUUUAUAUAUAUUUUAUUAAAAAUGCAGUUUAUAUUAUUAAAAACAUAAUGUCUUUAAAUUUGUUUUGAUAAAUUAUAAAAAAAUGAAUUCGCAUUAAAAUUAGAAUUAUAAAAAUAUGUUGAAAUAAAAUAUACCUUGUUUAUUAAAAUGUUGAAAUAAAAAUUUGCUUAUUGUCGACUUAAACAGAUAUACCUGUAAAUACAUGGUCGAUGGAAUAAAAAAAUAUUUUUUUUAAGAAAAAA